UCCUGCCCACCCCAGGCCAACAAAUCUAAAAGGGGAUAAAUCUUCCAAAACAAAAUCGCAAACAUGAACCAAGCCAAUAACACCAAAAUUUUCGCGCCUUAAAACUCCCAUCUUCUCCCUAUCAAUUCGAUUAUAAAUUCAAAAUAAAACAUCAUCAUCCCCAAAUUUCUGGAAAUGGAAAUAGAAAGGACAGGCAGCGACAUAGAAAUGGAGAGGGAAGAAGAAGAUGAUGAAGAAACCCUACUUCUCCGAGAUCGUUUUCGCCUUUCCGCCAUCUCCAUUGCCGAAUCUGAAGCGAAGAAGAAUGGAAUGCAGGCAUCGGAGCCAAUUGUUGCUUGUAUUUCCAAUUUGGCGUUCAAUUAUGCCGAGCAUCUUGCCAAAGACCUUGAGCUAUUUGCACGCCAUGCUGGUCGCAAAUUGGUGAAUACCGAGGAUGUCAUACUUGCAGCUCAUCGAAAUGAGAACCUUUCUCUGUCAUUAAGGACCUUCUGCAAUGAUCUAAAAGCCAAAGAACCUCAGUCAGAUAGAAGGCGGAAGAAAUCUUCAAGGAAGGAGGACAAAGCUACAACAAGUGCACUUGAGAUUGCUGACCUGUGAGAUUGCCUACUACUGUGCCAAUAUCAGCUGCAUCUUGCAGUGACGAAGGAUAUUGACACCCCUCUUCAAGUCAUAAGCAGAAGGAUGCCUGGAUUAGGUGUGGUUAGUACGGAGCGGAGCAAUAUCUAACAUGUAGUCAUUGAAUCCCAUAAAUCGACCGCAUUGUGGUUAGACGAGGAGAAACUCUUAAGCUAAGUAGAGAGUUUGUAUUUUUGUUUCCCCCCUUUUUUUUUGUGUAGGGUAAUGACAAUGGGUACAUGUUUCUACAAGAAUGCUAUGAAUUGAUGCAGCUACAGGCUGUUAAUAUUACCUGAUGCGUAAGUAAUUAAUCGCGGUCAUCACCGAAACUGUAAGUUGAUCGUUGGUCACUGCAGACUUGUUUGUACAAAAGUACUACGUAGUAUUAUCCUAGAAGAAUAAUGACUUAUUAACUGUUUUGUGCCAUUAGUCCUUGUACAUUUAAGGAUUUCUUUGAUUAUUUUCCAAUCCAUUUGGACCAUGUCCUUGUAGCUUA